AGAGAGCACGAUAUCACUUGGGUUUACAGAGGGUUUUUCACUGUACUCUGACCUCCGCCGGGGGUACUCUAGCGAGCAAUGAAUCGCUCGGCAUCGUCGCCGCCGCUUUGGAUGCUGCACGACCCACGAUUCAUCGCAUCUUCUGGGUUUCAUUCCAUCCGGAAAAUCUGUUCAUUGGCGACAAAAAUGGGGCUUCUUCACUUCGUUUUCAGGUGAACUUGUCCAAACUUUUCCAGCUUGUUCUCUUCUGAAUGCAGUUUGUUCCAUCUGAAGACGAUCUUGGAGAAGGUUUUUUUUUUGGUCUGUAUCUUGGAGAAGGUUAAGAGAGAAUUUGUGGUGUCUUGGUGGUUUGUAUGUGGAUCUGGUUGAAAAAGUUGGGAUUUCGGUUCAUGUCUUUACCUUAGUUUCGCUCACCCUGCUCUUUGAUCCCAUAUGCGCACGUUCAAUUCUCUGUGCCUUUUCUCUGUCUUUCGCCGCCUUUCGUUGAACCCAACGAAGGCCUGCACACGUUGUUUCUCCGCUGAAAGUCCAGAUGUAAGGGAUGGUCUCAGUAGCUUCCUGAUGAGAAGCAUGAAUUUGUCCCGGUCCCGAGCGCUUGUUGUCUCGAACCGGUGCCCUUGGGCCACUUCCAACUCCCUGGAGAAUCCUCGAGCUGUGAUAAAGUACUUUUCGGAACUCGGGUUUUCCGAUUCUCAGAUUCGGUCUUCCAUUAUUGUCUGUCCACAGAUUUUGUUUGCUGAUAUUGGGAAAACCCUCGAACCGAAGCUCGAUUUUUUCCAAGGGCUGGGUCUUGUGGGCGUUGAUUUAGGGAACUACAUUUCCAAGGGCGCGUCAGUUUUGUCAGUGAGUUUGAACAAGAGAUUGGUUCCCAAUGUCCAGAUUCUGAAAAGAAUAUUAUUCGAUGAUAAGGAUAAUAGAGAUUUGAUUGUGGUUCUGCGAAGGUGCAAGUGGAUAGUCUCUAAGGACCCUGAAUCAGUUCUCAUACGUAACAUUGCCUACUUGGAGAGUUGUGGGGUUACUGGGUAUCAGCAAAGAAUGUUAUUGAAGAGGCAGCCAAGUCUCUUUGUUGCGAAAGAGUCGAGACUUAACGAUCUUGUUUCGCGUGUUCUCAAGAUGGGAUUUUCACUAAAUUCUGGGAUGCUAGUUUAUGCGCUCUAUUCAGUCAGUUGCAUCAGUGUCAAGACCUUAGGGAAAAAGGUGAAACUGUUUGCAGACUUUGGGUUUUCAGAGGAGGAUGUCGUUGUAAUGUUAAGAAGGGCACCAGCUCUGCUCAGGGUCUCUGAGGAGAAACUAAAGUUUGGAAUUGAUUUUUUGCUCAACGUCAUGAAGUGCAAAAGGACUUUGAUAGUCGGUAGACCCUCUUGUCUGAUGCACAGCAUGGAGGAUCGCGUGGUCCCUCGAUGCAGAGUUUUGCAGGUCGUUAAGUUAAGGGGGCUAAUGAAGAAGGAUCCGAGUUUCACCACAAUGCUGGAAUUAAACGAGGAAGCAUUCGUAGAGAGAUUCAUAUCACGGUUUAUAGAUGAUACAGACCAGUUGCUUAUAGCUUACAAAGGUCAUAUUCUAGACGUAUAGGAUGAGUGGACAUCUAAUUGAAGCCUUGUAAUAUGUUACGCCAUGUAGGAGGGCUAAUUUGUUCGAGAGUUAAUACUUCAUGAGGGGGUUUUCUUCAUCCCUGCUAAUCUCAACAUGGUGACCACUGUUUACCCUUUCAAACUUGUGUUCAAUGUCCGACCAAAAAAUAAAAAGAACUUGUGUUCAAUAGCUGGCCAUUCUUCUUUUGGCUUUUGAUAAGCCACAAUGGCUAAUUUGUCCUCAUCGCUUGAUGGAUGCUCUUUUCAUAAAGAAUGCAAAAUUAUCAGGGUAUAGACAUUCCAAGUAGAAACUGCAACGAGGUUUCUAUGCUGACUGGUAAGUGGUAAAGCAUUUGUUUUACUGCUGGAGUCUUGGAGUCUACAGAGAAAGAUGGCUCGGUUUAAUGGUAAGUGUUACUGCUUGAUGCUAUACUGGAAGAAAAAGAGUUGAGUCCAAACCAUUCAUGGUACGCGUUCAUGGAUAGUCGUUUCUCUUUUAAAGGUUCAACGUAAAUUCAAUCAUAUUACUAGCAUUUUUUUUUUAGAAUAUUACUAUCAUUUAUUUCCAAUUGAAUCGCGAUUUUUUUAUUGCACUAGGCGUGACCAGGUUUACAGUACUUUUUAAAUUCCUCAGUAGUCACUGUAGAUUCCUAAGUUUCGAUAUUACUGUAAAUGAACAGUUCCUUUUUACGUUUUUUCAAUUAUCUUAUUUUGAUCGGAAUAUGGCAUGCAUAAUCUAACAAAUUGCUUGGAGGAAAUAACCUGUUUUGUUUAAUGUCAGCUGUUAGGAACUAACUUUUGCCCCCGAUUGCUGCAUGUUCUGUCUCGAGCCCUCAAGAGUCGCUAUUUCUUUACAUAAAGUAGUCUGAAUAGGUAGUCCAAUGGACGAGAUGUUACUUUCCUAACUAAGUACGAGUCUGGGACAUCAUCACGCGGGUCAUUAGAUUUUUAUCCUACUUCUGUCUAGAUGUCGCUUUGCAUUCUUUUUUUCUCCUUGCCCAAUAAAUAUAGGGAUUUUCAUUUUAUCUUAAUUCUUUAUGUGACCCUUUUCUCGUAUGGUACUGUUUGCACCUUUAUUUUGUGCUUUUUUAUAUCUUUCUCCUUGUUUUUCUUCCUUCUAUCCCAGUCUGAGAUUUUUCUUGUUUAAUUUCUUUUCAUUCUAGAAUUCUGCCCUUGAAAAACAUAAUCUUUUGAUCAUUGUCUACAUCUCACUGAUGAACAGUGCCUCGUAAAAGUUCAGCUUAUACAGGUGAUGAGCUUAAUGUUGUGUGUGUGACCAUUGACCAUUACUCGUGCAAAAGUUCAAGGGCUUUAAGCAAAGUGGGUUUAAACCUCCUAACAUUGAUCGUGACAUUCUGCUUGUCUAAGUAAGCCGACUUAAAAGCUUCUAAGUUACAUCUAUGGAAUGAAUAUGGAUUCUUCAAGGCCACAUGGUCUAGUGGGAAGUGCUCUAUCAGAGUGCUCUCUUUUGUCCCUAUCUUAUACUCCAGAUACCUUAUGUUCAUUUCCUUCGAAGGGUCUCCAAAGUAUGUUUUUGCAACCAGUUCUACACCACCUAAUGGAACUACUUGUAUCAUAACCGCACCCUCGGGAAGGAAGAGAACAUUAGUAAGUCCAGCUCCAUGUAUUCCCAUCACCACAUCACAAGAAUUCACUAUCUCUGCAAAUCUAGCCACGUGCAUGUCCGCCUCAGCGACAAUCACUUCAAACCCCAUACUUUGUGCUGUCUCUGCAAUAUUCGUAGAAUUAGUGAAUGAUCGAGUCCUUUUCCUUGAUAUUACCAAAAGACGAGGCUUUCUAGUGUCACCAUGUCUUAGUCUAACUGCAUUUCUCCUUUUCAAUGAGUAGGUGCUUCUCAAAAACUCUUUGAAGUCUCUGAUCGUGUAUGGAGACUUGGAAGGAUCUAUAUCUAGCUCUCCAUGGCGCCGAAGACCCAUGAUGAUGCUUGGGAAACAAUGAACAUCUUCUUCUUGAUCAAUAUCGAUAAUUGGGUAGUAAGAAAGAUUUUGUAAAAUUGCUCGGAACUUCGUGACCCACCAAGAGCGGUUAUCUGAAAUGAGGAACUGCACUUUUCCAUUAAAGGGCCUGGACGUUAAGUACAAUGGAAUUAUGAUAUCACUGAAGUCAUGGAAAUGGUUUCCUGCAUAUCCUCCUGUGGAGAAGAGAAUGGAUGCGAUGGUAUGAUUUUGGGUGCACUGAGGAACUUGUACAUCUGAAACUGCAGGGAAAGGGAUGAAAACUGUGGAGGACUUGGCAUGGAUCCUUACGUCACCAGUUAUGUUGUAUAAAUCUGAUCUUAGGUCCAUAACAUGGCACGGUGGCUCUCUUUGCUUCAUCACAUUUUCUGCCACUACAAGAUUAUUAGCGAAAUAAUCAGAACCUCCAACACAAGACAAAGUCUAAUCGAAUGAGAAAAACCCUCGAUAUAUACAUUUAGGACGAUUACGUACUCAGCUGAUCGGUCAUUGAAGAUGAAGUACUCUGGAAAGUUGUGGAAUUGGAUCGUUGCUCCUGUUUUGCCAUAGAGUUUUCUACAACUGCAAGAGGUAUGGACACAAUUGAUGACCCUUUCCAAUUGACAACCGCAAAAUCACUGGAAAAGCAAUUCUUGCAAGAAACAAGGUGGAUUACUCACACGUUGGUGAAGGACCCAAGUAAGGCCUGAACCUGAAGACAGCGCAAAAGCUCAACAGCAGGAACAAGCAAACGACAAAUGCUCCGUUCACCAACUUCUUCCGCUCGAACCUGCCAAAGCUUCUUGCAAUGAUCGCGUCGUACGUCAUCUCGACUCGGACUAAGUAGCAUCUAGCGACGCCCAUGAAGAGACAACACCAGGGUAUGCGUCUAAGAAAAGCCUGAUCAUGUGUUUGAUUAUGUGAACCCCCCUUCUCAAGGAGGAGGCCAGUUUCUCAAAUAUGAUGACCAUGAAGCAAGGCCAUAAGAUGCCGUUCUUGUAUGGGGGUUGAAGUUGAAUUGCACUUUCUAGAUGAUGACUUGUUGCUCUUCACGUCCUCAAACUCUGUAUGGUUGUGUAGUUGAUUAUUAUUUUCUAAGAAUGAUGGUUGAGGGGGACUUAUCUCUAUGAAUGAGCAGUUUGCUUGAA